CAUAAACACGUAAAGUUGGGCUCGGAGAAUUUGCUGUAAUGGCGACGGCGACUCGGCGCAGGAAAGGGCCACAGUCAAGCCAGCCUCGGCUCGGAUAUGACUGAUGUUUCUACCUCCGCGGGGUCGUUUUGUGCUCGUCGACUGCACGGCUUUCGGAUGAUUCGCUGGCUUUUCGCGUCUCGUCGCUUCGUUUGACGGACGUCGCACGACUGCUUUUGUUCCAGCCUAGCCAUAAAAAGAUUUCCAUGUCGUACUCGGGAACUUCUGAACAGGAUCAUCUGGAUUAGUCAUUGUUGGUCGUCGAUUGUCUAGGGCUGCUGCUGGCCAAGCUUCCUACUAUUUGGCUGACCCACACUCCUUCACAGGGGCCAUGGAGGAGGAGGGGCAAAAGAACUUGGAGUGCAUCCAGGCCAAUCAAAUUUUCCCCAAGAAAGCCCCUGUCCUGGAGGAGGAAAACAUGCAGGUGCCCUUUCCUGAGCUGCACGGGGAGUUUACAGAGUAUGUGGGGAGGGCAGAGGAUGCCAUCAUUGCAAUUUCCAACUACCGCCUACACAUCAAGUUCAAAGAGUCUGUCGUCAACGUGCCCCUUCAGCUUAUUGAGAGUGUGGAGUGUCGUGAUAUGUUCCAGUUGCAUGUCACCUGUAAGGACUGUAAAGUCGUCAGGUGUCAGUUCUCUACCUUCGAGCAAUGUCAGGAAUGGCUCAAGCGUCUCAAUGCAGUUGUGCGCCCUCCCUCUCGCUUAGAGGAUCUCUUCUCUUUCGCCUUCCACGCAUGGUGCAUGGAUGUGUACGCAGGUGAAAAGGAGCAGCAUGGAGAGCUUUGUAGACCAGGUGAACAUGUGACCUCCUGGUUUAAGAAUGAAGUGGAGAGGAUGGGCUUUGACACUCAAAAUGCUUGGAGGAUAUCUGACAUCAACAGCAAGUUUAGGCUGUGCCCCAGCUAUCCCCAGCAGCUUCUCGUACCAGCCUGGAUUACUGACAAGGAGCUGGAAAACGUCGCAGCUUUCCGUUCCUGGAAGAGGUUUCCUGCAGUGGUAUAUAGACACCUGAGCACAGGAGCUGUGAUCGCCCGCUGCGGCCAGCCAGAGGUCAGCUGGUGGGGCUGGAGGAACGCUGAUGACGAACACUUGGUUCAGUCCAUUGCCAAAGCUUGUGCUGUGGACAGCAGUUCUCACAAACACCUGUCCAAUGGAACCUACACCAACGGCUCCGAACUGCCUGAUAGUGACUUUGAGUCCUCAAUGACUAACAGCUCAGAGGUGGAGACAUUGGCCAUCCAGCCUCACAAGUUACUGAUACUGGAUGCCAGGUCCUAUGCAGCUGCUGUUGCCAACAGGGCAAAAGGGGGAGGCUGUGAAUGUCCUGAAUACUACCCCAACUGUGAAGUGGUGUUCAUGGGCAUGGCCAACAUCCACUCCAUUCGCAAGAGUUUCCAGUCCCUACGCUUCCUCUGCACGCAGAUGCCGGAUCCAGCAAACUGGCUUUCUGCACUGGAAAGCACCAAGUGGUUGCAACACCUGUCUUUGCUGUUAAAGUCGGCUCUGCUAGUAGUCAAUGCAGUGGACAGGGACGAGAGGCCUGUUUUGGUGCAUUGCUCUGAUGGCUGGGAUCGGACACCUCAAAUUGUUGCUUUGUCGAAGUUGCUGCUUGACCCAUAUUACCGCACUAUAGAGGGCUUUCAAGUUUUGGUCGAGACGGACUGGUUAGACUUCGGCCACAAGUUUGCUGACCGAUGUGGCCAUGGAGAGAACUCUGAGGAUGUGAAUGAGCGCUGUCCUGUUUUCCUGCAAUGGCUGGACUGUGUUCACCAGCUGCAGAGGCAGUUUCCAUGCUCUUUUGAGUUUAAUGAGGCCUUCCUGGUGAAGCUGGUGCAACACGCUUACUCCUGUCUGUUCGGCACGUUCCUGUGUAACAGCGGCAAAGAGAGAGAAGACCGACACGUUCAAGAGAGGACGUGUUCGGUAUGGUCCCUGCUGAGACCCGCUAACCGUACACUGAGGAACAUGCUGUACUCUUCACACUCCGAGACAGUUCUCCACCCUGUGUGCCAUGUGCGCAAUUUGAUGCUAUGGACUGCAGUCUAUCUGCCUAGCUCCUCUCCUACAACCCCCUCUGACGAUUCCUGUGCUCCAUAUCCUUUGCCUGGCAGCAAUCCUGAGGAGGCGCCCCUGGGCAGAUGUACGAAGACGCGUUCCUUUGACAAUUUGCCCAGUGCUUGCGAGCUGGGAAGCUCACUGGCUCCGAAUCGCCGCUCCAGUGACCCAAAUCUCAAUGAGAAGUGGCAGGACCACCGGCGUUCUCUGGAUCUCAACAUGGCGGUCGAGCCAGACGAAGGGGGCGACCAGGAUCACGACGUGCACUGCAACGGAUUGAGCCUUUACCCGAACAGCGUGAACACUGAGCUGGAUGAUCCGCAGGACCCGCGCUCCGAUUCGAAAGAGGGAGUCCUCAUGCGCUCUGUAGCGAGUCAAGAGGAAACUGAGGUCGCGGAACUGUCUGUAGCAGUGGGCGUAGCCGAGGGCCAGAUGGAGAACAUUCUUCAAGAAGCUACAAAGGAGGACAUGGGAGCAGAUGCUCAGAGAGUUGUGGGUGCUGCUCUCACCCAUGUUAUUAACACGGCUGCUAUGGAGGCGGAGGAAAAGGUCUCAAGAACUGAAGAUGAGGAUGAUCAGUCUGUCAACACGACUGAGAUCCGAGAAAUGUUUCCUAAUGGUCACCAUCCGGAAAAUGGUUUUGCAGAAGCCAAUGAAAAUAUUGAUGUCGCUCCUACGCCUGCACAGAUUGUAGAGGAUUUGGAGCACCCUAGUGAUGUAGAAGUUCAAACGCAAGAGCAGGUGGAGGAGCAAGUUCUGGAGAAUGGGUCUCAACAGCUAGCGUAUGCUCAUGAAAACUUUGAGGGAAGUUCGGGUGAGCCAGAGCCACCUUUACCUCAAAGGACUCUGAACGGAUUUGCUCACAGGUCAUCUGAGGAAAUCGAUACAGAUGAAAAGACAUGUGCUGCUGGUGACCCUGACCCAGUUUUGACAGAUUCAGGGGAACUCUCAGAUAAGAGGGUCUCCAUUAUGGAAAGCUCUACAGAGACUUUGACAGAGGAGGUCUGCAGCAAGUUGGAACUUCCUGUACAGCCUGUGGUCUGUCAGAGCCGUAUGGCUCACAGCAACGGCCAAGACCAACGGCCCUCCUCCAGGAAGGACAAAAUGUCAGAGACCAACGAAAACGGCUUUUUCCCAUCGUUAAACGGGGUCAGCAAGCGACCCUCUGUCAGUGCCUUCCAGUAUGCGAAUGCUGAGCUCACCCACGACGGACUUUGUAACAGCGACAGUUCCGACGGAGAACCUUGCGGGGGACCUCAGUGGGUGAAAGCCAAUGGCGAGCGGGCACCGCUGAGCCGGCAGGUGUCCCUCGCGAGCUGUAACUCGUUGAUCAUACACCAUCGAGGCAGCUGCUCGCAGCAACGUUGGUGCCACGCCCAAACGGGACGCGCCGCCGUCAGCCCAGAGCAGCCGUCGCGCAGCCACUUGGAUGACGACGGGCUGAUGCUCCACACGGACGCCAUCCAACAAAGGCUCAGGCAGAUUGAAGCAGGGCACCAGAUGGAGGUGGAGACUCUGAAAAAACAGGUACAGGAGCUGUGGAGUCGCCUAGAAAACCAGCAGCACGCCGGCUCCCAUCGGGUCAAUGGAAGCGGGGGAGAUGAAGUGACUUUGAUGACCGACUCUGAAUACAACAUGGACCCUAACUGUCUGUCACGAUGCAGCACGGAACUGUUCUCUGAAGCCAGCUGGGAGCAAGUGGACAAGCAAGACACUGAGGUCACCCGCUGGUACCCUGAUCAUUUGGCUGCCCAGUGUUACGGCUGUGAGAGCAGGUUCUGGCUCGCCACCAGGAAGCAUCACUGCAGUGGCAGGCAGCCUGUCCAGGAGGUCUGGAACUGCGGUAACGUGUUCUGCGCCAGCUGCUGCGAUCAGAAGAUCCCGGUGCCGAGCCAGCAGCUGUUCGAGCCCAGCCGCGUGUGCAAGAGCUGCUACGGCAGCCUCCGGCUCGGCCCGUCACCCCUCGACAAGCCCAUCGCGGCCAGCUCCAACUGAGCCUCGGAGGCGACGGCGACGCCACGGAAUGUCCCCUAGACUGUGUGUGACUGUGUGUGUAUGUGCUGCAGAAGCGGACUAGAACGCAUCGGAGGAAGCCCCCGCCGUCGACCGCGCCGAGAAGGGAGAACGGACUUCCGCCGCCUCCACCCGGCGGGUGGGAGUCUCGCUGCGGGUUCCGCUUCCAUCAAGAAGCGCAAGAAGGAAGAAUGUGAUGCAGGAUCUUAAAAAGGAUUCGUAGGAACAAUUAUCAAAAGCUUCUCAUUGAGCUUAGGUAAUAUUUGUCGGUACGUCUUGCUUCCAAAUGGAUGUUUGGUUUCAAGGUGGAGCCACGUUCAGCGGCUCGUGUUUCUUCCGCCUUUUUACGACAACUUAAAAAUCAUCUCAGAUCUCGUCAUCUGGCUAAACUGGCCCUUUUAUUGGCAGCAAACUCCAUCUACAAAGAUGAAGGACAUGGAAGAAAAACCUUCUGGGAGCCAAUGUUGAUGCUUCACAGUUGCCAAUUAGCCCGUUUUCAUUUUUUGCACCUUGGAACGGACAAGCCGAAAAAGCCCCUUCUAUUUUUUUGACUCCGAGCUCACAAAAAGGUCCUUGCUGCCCGACAGCCAUUCAAUGACCACCUCGUGCACACGGCGGUUAUUUUGUAAAAUAGAAGAGUACUAUAAUAUAUUCAGAUACAGCUAUAGCAUUUAAGUACAAAAUGUAUAGAAACAGAGACUAGUGUCUCAUUAAAUUAGUCACCAAAAAGUUUUGUUUUUUUAACUUUUUGGGCGAAUGCAGAAAUGUACCUAUAUUUUACAUGUUAAGUACUUUUUUUUUGUUUUGUUUUUUUAAAUUAUAGAAAUGCAGGGUGCCCUGCUUGGAUGCUGUAGAUUUUGACCCCCAAACCCCUUUUUUGGCAAUUUUAUUUAUUACAUUUCAAGAGUUUUUUGGGGAUUCUGACAAUUCAGCUGCCACGUGAUAAUCAGUUGUUUUUUGACACACUUGUGGCGGCGCAGUGACGAGUCUAUGCACAAGCGCGCACAACAGAGGUCCAAAAUUAGCCACCAACAAUCGAAAACGCAAAGCCCCGACACACAAAAACACACUUUCUCCAUUCACCUAUCAACACUACCUCUACUCACUAGUAAUAUCUAACAUAUUACGUACACUUGUGUAUAGUUGCUUUGAGAUUUUGGCUUUCAGGGUUCCCGUUCUCAACUGCGCCUUGUUCACCUUCUUGCUCAUUGACUUUCAUUUCUACUUCUCAGUACAGUAAAGACAAACUUAACAAAGGACUUUGACGAAAAAAGUUUUCAGAUUUUUGUUUGGAGCUGGGCUGGCGUGUUCAUUGUUUUUUCCACAAACAUCUUUACAGACAUCACCGAACACUUCCUUGUGUGGGUAUAUGAGAAUGUAGCAACUGGUGGCUGUUUGUGUGCAUAUCUUCCCCCCCUUUGGAGAAGGGUGCCAAGCUGUUUUAGUUCUGAUGGCUCACAAGGGGAUUACUUGUGCUUUAGUUGGGUUUCCCUCACCUGUUUCCCUCCUGUUGGAGAAGCACUUUGAAGCUGUCUGUCUGAACAGUGUGUAGCUGUACAUAGAGCCAUUUCCUGUAAUGACAAGUUGCUCCUUGUUAAGUUGGAUUUUUUUUUUUUAAAUGUUACUUUCAAGAGCGUUUGGUUGUAGAAUUUAAGGAGAAAUAAAUUAGACAAACCAGCCGUGUUUGUGCGAGCCUCUUUGAAAAGACACAGGAGAAAGCUUUUAAUCAUGUUUUAAUGAUGUUCUGAUAUCUAAAAAUCAAGGAAAUCUUAACUUUAAACAUCCAUGUAUGGUUACUGAACCCAAGUUUGACAAAAAAAAUAAGCAGAAGGAAUCAAGCUGCUCUAAAUAGUGUACGUCAUGCUCACUUGAUGAGGUGGUCGACCAGGCACUAGCGAAACAACACCUUUGACGUCUACUACGUGUCACUGCACAGACACAGGAUGCUGUGGACCAACAAGAGAAGAUGAGGCAGCACUCGGAGC